UCUGUUGCUGUGGUCGAGGCUGAUGAUUCAUGGGCAGCCUUUGAAGCAAUGACCCGUGAUGACUGGUCCGUGGAGGCUGAUGAUUCAUGGGCACCCGCCGAAUUGGUGACCGCCAUCACCGAUGAGGCUGAUGAUUCAUGGGCAGCCUUUGAAGCAAUGACCCGUGAUGACUGGUCCGUGGAGGCUGAUGAUCCAUGGGCACCCGCCGAAUUGGUGACCGCCAUCACCGAUGAGGCUGAUGAUUCAUGGGCAGCCUUUGAAGCAAUGACCCGUGAUGACUGGUCCGUGGAGGCUGAUGAUCCAUGGGCACCCGCCGAAUUGGUGACCGCCAUCACCGAUGAGGCUGAUGAUUCAUGGGCAGCCUUUGAAGCAAUGACCCGUGAUGACUGGUCCGUGGAGGCUGAUGAUCCAUGGGCACCCGCCGAAUUGGUGACCGCCAUCACCGAUGAGGCUGAUGUUCCAUUGGCACUCCUUAAAGUGACGACCCGUGAUGACUCGUCUGAUGAGGGUGAUGAUCCAUGGGCAGCCUUUGAAGCAAUGACCCGUGAUGAUGAGGCUGAUGAAGGUGAUGUUCCAUUGGCACUCCUUGAAGUGACGACCCGUGAUGACUCGUCUGAUGAGGGUGAUGAUCCAUGGCCAGCCUUUGAAGCAAUGACCCGUGAUGAUGAGGCUGAUGAAGGUGAUGUUCCAUUGGCACUCUUGGAAGUGACGACCCGUGAUGACUCGUCUGAUGAGGGUGAUGAUCCAUGGCCAGCCUUUGAAGCAAUGACCCGUGAUGAUGAGGCUGAUGAAGGUGAUGUUCCAUUGGCACUCCUUGAAGUGACGACCCGUGAUGACUCGUCUGAUGAGGGUGAUGAUCCAUGGCCAGCCUUUGAAGCAAUGACCCGUGAUGACUCGUCUGAUGAGGGUGAUGAUCCAUGGGCACUCUUUGAAGCAAUGACCCGUGAUGAUGAGGCUGAUGAUCCAUGGGCAUCCGCCGAAUUGGUGACCGCCAUCACCGAUGAGGCUGAUGAUCCAUGGGAUGCCCUCGAAUUGAUAACCAGUAAUGACUGGUCUGAUGAGGCUGAUGAUCCAUGGGAUGCCCUCGAAUUGAUAACCAGUAAUGACUGGUCUGAUGAGGCUGAUGAUCCAUGGGAUGCCCUCGAAUUGAUAACCAGUAAUGACUGGUCUGAUGAGGCUGAUGAUCCAUGGGCACUCUUUGAAGUGACGACCCGUGAUGACUCGUCUGAUGAGGCUGAUGAUCCAUGGGUAUCCGCCGAAUCGGUGACCGCCAUCACCGAUGAGGAUGAUGAUCCAUGGGAUGCCCUCGAAUUGAUAACCAGUAAUGACUGGUCUGAUGAGGAUGAUGAUCCAUGGGAUGCCCUCGAAUUGAUAACCAGUAAUGACUGGUCUGAUGAGGCUGAUGAUCCAUGGGAUGCCCUCGAAUUAAUAACCAGUAAUGACUGGUCUGAUGAGGAUGAGGAUCCAUGGGAUGCCCUCGAAUUGAUAACCAGUAAUGACUGGUCUGAUGAGGAUGAUGAUCCAUGGGAAGCCCUCGAAUUGAUAACCAGUAAUGACUGGUCUGAUGAGGAUGAUGAUCCAUGGGAUGCCCUCGAAUUAAUAACCAGUAAUGACUGGUCUGAUGAGGAUGAGGAUCCAUGGGAUGCCCUCGAAUUGAUAACCAGUAAUGACUGGUCUGAUGAGGAUGAUGAUCCAUGGGAUGCCCUCGAAUUGAUAACCAGUGAUGACUGGUCUGAUGAGGAUGAUGCCUUCCUGGACGUCACGGCCAUCUGUGGUGUCGUUGUGUACAUUGUCUUGCUUCACUAAGCAGCCUGGUAACACACUCACCAGUGACCCCUGGCGCAGGCGCGAGCCACAUCCUGAGCCACACUCCCGGGGAGCGAGACUCCUUUUAGUGACCGUCGCUCUUAUUACACCUUCAGGGGAGGAGCUCCAGCUGUAUUUCUUA